AUGGCCGUGCAGUCGAAACCCGCCCCAAUUGGGCCCUGGGGCAAAGCGACGGCUGGCGCAGCGGGCGCGGUCCUUGCCAAUGCGCUUGUGUACCCUCUGGAUCUGGUCAAGACCAAGCUUCAGGUUCAGGUAAAGCUUAGCGACGCUGAGAAGGCCGACUCAAAUCCCAACGAAGCACACUACAAGUCGACGUGGGACGCCAUUACUAGAAUUGCUUCUUCCGAGGGUGUUACGGGUCUGUACGCUGGCAUGGGAGGUUCUCUGCUUGGAGUCGCCUCGACAAAUUUCGCCUACUUCUACUGGUACUCGGUGGUCCGCACGCUAUACUUCAAAUAUGCCAAGGCAGUAGCUCAGCCGUCCACGGUUGUCGAGUUGUCUCUUGGAGCUGUUGCUGGCGCGCUCGCGCAGCUGUUUACAAUACCCGUCGCCGUUAUCACAACCCGCCAACAGACGCAGAGCAAGGAGGAGAGGAAGGGCUUCAUCGAGACCGCCCGCGAGGUGAUUGAGGGUGAAGAUGGUGUCUGCGGCCUCUGGAGGGGACUGAAGGCGAGUUUAGUGCUCGUAAUCAACCCGUCCAUCACAUAUGGCGCUUAUGAGAGAUUGAAAGAGGUUCUCUUCCCGGGGAAGAAGAAUCUCUCGCCCUGGGAGGCAUUCGCCCUGGGCGCCAUGUCUAAGGCCCUUGCCACCAUCGUCACGCAGCCCUUGAUUGUUGCAAAGGUGGGGCUACAGUCCAAGCCGCCCCCGGCGCGGCAAGGCAAGCCGUUCAAGAGCUUUGUCGAGGUUAUGCAGUUCAUCAUCCAAAAUGAAGGCCCUUUGAGUCUGUUCAAGGGCAUCGGGCCACAAAUCCUCAAGGGUCUGCUCGUCCAGGGUAUUUUGAUGAUGACCAAGGAGCGCGUCGAACUUAUGUUUGUCCUCUUCGUCCGUUAUCUGCAAGUCGUGCGGUCGCGUCAACUCCAGAGAACGACGAACCUGGCGGAUGCAGCGAAGCUUGUGACUCCGAUGACCGCCAAAUAG